AUGGCUUCUAGCACCGUCGAAACCCUCAUGGCGUCCACCGGCCCCUCCAAGUCUCCCGCUGCUCGGCCGAGCACCAUACGAGCCCCAUCCUUCACUCGCCAGAGCGAGGACAGCGAUCCUCUGAGAGUACCGAAACGAGCCCAAACAUUUCAGAAUGGCUCUGCACCCGACCCGUUGGCCACGCCGGCCGUCCCCAGCAAGUCGAAACAGGCAGACGAACCAGAGGCCCCAGAUGCCUUUGAAACACGACCCUCAACAGAUAACGACGAUGGCUUCGAUGGCAGAGGAUCUGUGGAUUUGGGCGAGUUGCCAAUCGAGCUUGUGAGCUUGACUGACAGCUUCGUCGAGUCGCUGACCACGAAACACCACCCGACGCCACUGAACAUCGACAAUGUUUCCCAGCUUUUCCAGGAUUUCUAUCAAGUCGCAUCAACACACAUCAACACCCACAUUUCUUCGCUGGUCUCCCGGCAUAACCGGGAGGCGUCUCCCGCUCCGUCCGCGUCAUCCAAGGUCUCCACAGCCAGUAGGCUUCGAGCCAAGGCAGCGUCUCUCGGCAACAAGGACAAGCCAAAAGUCCUGCCCAAGGCCGAGCCGGAACAGCAAAUGAUCACUGCGGAGGAGCUGGCCAACAAGAAGAAGGCUCGAAAGGCGAUUGAGGCCAAGCGGGGAGUCAUCGAGGAGGCCGUCGAGCGAAGGCUAUGUGAGGGCAUCUAUCACAAGAUUUAUCGCCACAAGAGCACCCAAGAUGAGGCGCAAGAUGCCAAACUGCGCUCCAAGACUGCAGCCUUGGCCCUUGUUGGUAUUGGGCCCUUAGACCUUGGAAUCGAUCUUGGAGACGACAAGGCGCAGACACCUGAGGCAGCUGUCGAGAAAACCGAAGAAAUCAAGAAGUGGCUGGAGCAGGCCAGGAGAGACCUCAUCAUGAUGAAUGAGAAGAGGUAUCCGCUUGGCAAGCUUCACCAUCUGAAGGCAGCUCAUAAGAGCAUUGUCGAGACUUUGGCGCACUUCCAUCCGUCUGCUUCCGCGGAUGAGAUCAUGCCGAUGCUCAUCUUCGCACUCAUCACGCUUCCUCCUGAACACUUGAACGUCAUAAGCGACUUGCACUUUAUUCAGUACUUUAGAUGGGAGACCAAGUUGACGGGUGAGGCCGCGUACUGCUUGACCAAUCUGGAAGCGGCCAUUGCCUUUCUGGAGACGGUCGAUCUAUCCACGCUAAGGGCGGAUGAGCUACCCCAAGGUCCUGGAAAAGGUCCGAGCCAGCCGGGGACGCCCCGCGCUGACACGUUUCCUCCGGCCUUCCCGCCCGGCUUGACGGUAACAGCGGACACAACGGUGGAGACCGCUACUGGGAAUGCUACCCCAACGAAGCCGCCCGCUUCGCCCUCGGCCUCGGCCGGGCUGCGUGCUGCAGUCCAGGCUCGGAAUAGAAGACUGAGCGAACUCGUCAACACGCCUGCCCAAGCUAUCGGCGCUGCCAGUGAUGCUGUUCUCAACACUGCUGACCAGCAUAUCAAGACCAUUUCGACGAGCUUGGGCGAUAGCUACAAGUUUCUCGUUGGCAAAUUGCGGGAGUCUCAAGGGUCACCCACAGAAUCGGGUCAGGGGCUUGUCGUGCCAAAAACUCUUGAUGAUGCCAGGAAACUGGUCAGCACCCCGCCUCCCGAGGAGGAGGGCUCGGUGAGCGGUGCCAGUUCCAUUCACGGAACAGAGGAUGCCGACUCCACCCGUCGAGCACCCUUACGAGAGGACAAAAUGUUGAACCUCAUCGGCGGACGGAAACCUAGCAGAGACCACAGUGCCGACAGUUCUCGCAGCGUGAGCAGUUCCAAGAAGGCUACGCUGCUGAAAGAGAAUGACGAGAAGGGUUUGUCCACCUCGUCGCCAGCAUCGGGCUCAAAUCCACUCGACUCUGUGCGCAACUUUGGCAAUUCGCUCUCCAGGUUCUCUGGCAUGGGCAUGAUUCGUGGCCUUAGUCGGACUGCGUCUACGCCCGUCGUGGCCAAGGAGAUGUCACCGCCAAAAGACGGUCCGGCCAAGGCAGCCGAAGGUGUCGACCUUGCAACGGCCUUCCCAGAUAUCGCGGCCGCUUUGCCGCCCAAGCAAGCACCGCCCCCCAAGCCAGUGCCACAGAUCAAACCACCCAACAAGCGAUUCAUGGAGCUCCAGAAUGCGGGCGAUCUCAAGCUUAACGAAGUACUGGAGCUGUUGCGUGACUACAGGAGACUGGCAAACUCGUUGAAGGAUAUGGGUGCAUUCGAGAACCAGAAGUGA